GUGUCUCUGAGUAUGAAGUUGAAAUGAAAUUCUUGAACUUGAAUGUUGAAGAUAUGUUUAGCUCUGACAGACUUAAACGCUUGAUAGAAAUAUUUCACUCCAACUUAUGGAAAGGUAGUGGAGAUAUAUAUGUCACUAAAGUUGUUUCUUCACUUGAUGUGGGAGGGCGUUUACCUCUAAAUCCUAACAUGAAAGAAGGAGUUGUCGUUAGAAUUGGAGGAAGUUUAACUUUUUCUCGUGACUUACUAGAUUUGGAACGAGAAGUGCAGCCUUUAAGAAACAGACAACCAUGCCCACGAGAUUAUAAAAGAACAUCUGUUGAACAUCUAUUUCGAAGUAGAAAUUUUGUAACUGACUGGUGCAGUUUUCGUUUGGUAACUAUUUUAUUUUCAUUGGUUAUUUUUCUGGGAACAUUUUAUACAAGUAAUAUACGUCUGUAGGAAGUUUUUAUUAAUGAAUUGUGGAAUAUCUGUUUUUCAUAUCCAAAACUUAAGAUUUCAAAUUUGACCCCAUUCUUUCUGUUAGUACCGUAUUUUUCGGCGAAAGCGCCGCUUCGUCGCAAGCGCCGCACAUCGAUAAAAAUGAAAUUUUUUGAAAAAAAGUUAUAGUAAGCGCCGCAAUGGCGCUAAACCGUGCAUAUCAGCAUCCUUUUAGAAGAGACCU